AUGCUUAUCCCCAAGGAAGACCGCAAGAAGAUCCACGAGUACCUCUUCCGCGAGGGUGUGCUCGUGGCCAAGAAGGACUUCAACCUUCCCAAGCAUGGCGACAUUGACACCAAGAACCUCUACGUGAUCAAGGCCUGCCAGUCCCUGACCUCCCGCGGCUACGUCAAGACCCAGUUCUCCUGGCAGUACUACUACUACACCCUCACCCCCGAGGGUCUUGACUACCUCCGUGAGUGGCUCCACCUCCCCGCUGAGGUUGUCCCUGCCACCCACAUCAAGCAGCAGCGUUCCCACGCUCCCCCUCGUGGCAUGAUGGGCGGUGAGGAGCGUGAGCGUCGUCCCCGUGCUCCUCGUGAGGGUGGCUACCGCCGCCGCGAGCAGGACAAGGAGGGCGCCGCCCCCGGCGAGUUCGCUCCCAGCUUCCGUGGUGGAUUCGGCCGUGGCCGUGGUGCUCCCUCCUCCUAA